UUGUAUUUUGAGUGUGUUUUGGACGUUUAUUUGGCGCUGAGACGUCGAUUGUUGUCUGUCAAUAGAGCUCUUGCACUAGGCGGGCUGUUUAUCUCAUUGAGACAGUUUUUCCUACAGUGAAUGGAUUUGCCACAAACAUGCGUUGCUAAUAAAUGUGUUUCUGCAAUAUGAAGUAUGGAAGAAGACGAUGUGACCAUCAGAGAGCAGAAUUUCCACAGCCAAGUGCGCGAGUACAUCGUCUGCUUCCUCCUGUUUGCAGUACUAUAUAUUGUGUCUUACUGCGUCAUCUCACGCUACAAGAGGAAAAGCGAUGACCAGGAAGAUGAGGAUGCCAUUGUCAACAGAAUAUCAAUGUACCUGUGUACAUUUACAUUGGCAGUAUCAGGAGGGGCCGUCCUCCUUUUGCCAUUCUCUAUAAUCAGUAAUGAGAUCCUGCUCUCCCUUCCCAAAAACUACUACAUACAGUGGCUCAAUGGAUCACUCAUUCAUGGACUGUGGAAUCUGGUGUCCCUCUUCUCAAAUCUCUGUCUUUUUGUACUGAUGCCUUUUGCAUAUUUCUUCCUGGAGUCUGAGGGCUUUGCAGGUUCAAAAAAGGGCAUCAAAGCUCGUAUACUGGAGACAUUUGUCAUGCUGUUUCUGUUGGGUCUCCUCAUCCUGGGCAUCGUGUGGGUGGCGUCCGCUCUCAUCGAUAAUGAUGCCGCCAGCAUGGAAUCACUUUACGAUUUAUGGGAGUUUUAUCUGCCCUACCUCUACUCCUGCAUCUCUCUGAUGGGUGGCCUGUUGCUCCUUAUGUGUACUCCUGUGGGACUGUCACGCAUGUUCACAGUGAUGGGCCAGUUACUAGUCAAACCCACAAUUUUAGAGGAUCUGGAUGAGCAGAUUUACUGUAUUCAGCUGCAGGAAGAGGCUCUGGAGCGCAGACUCAAUGGUACAACAUCCAACUCUUAUUUCCAUGGAAACUCUCAGCAUCUCUACAAAGACCUGGAUAGCAUCCGCAAUCAGAGGAACAAACUCGAAAGGAGAAAAAAGGCCUCAGCCUGGGAGAAGAACCUGCUUUACCCAAUUGUGAUGCUGAUCCUGCUUGCUGGAACGACCAUUUCUGUUCUCCUGGUUGCCCUAAACAUCGUGUACCUGCUUGUUGAUGAGACUGCUUUACCAAAGGGUUCGAAGGAGAGAGAUAUUGGCAAUGCCUCCUUAUCCACAUUUGGAGUUGCCCAGGCAGUUAUUGAAAUCAUUCUCAUGUUUUAUCUGAUGGUCUCAUCUGUGGUUGGCUUCUAUAGUCUUUGGAUCUUUCAAGAGCUCACUCCCAGAAAGGACGACACUACCAUGACAACGAUCAUCGGUUGCUGUGUAUCCAUUCUCGUGCUGAGCUCAGCCUUGCCUGUCAUGUCUCGAACGCUGGGAAUAACAAGAUUUGAUCUCUUGGGAGAUUUCGGGCGAUUUAAUUGGCUUGGAAAUUUCUACAUUGUAGUUUCAUACAACCUUUUGUUUGCUGUGGUAACAACGUGGUGUCUGGUGCGAAAGUUCACGUCUGCCGUGCGAGAGGAACUUCUCAAAGCCCUUGGUCUGGAUAAAUUGAAUCUGUCAAACAGUACAACAGAUGCAGAAUCAGGGAAACAUUCUGCCAACGGGCAUCAAAAAACCCUGUGAGAAUCACCGUUCGCACAUCCACCUGCGUGUGUUUGGAGAUGCCUCUAAUUUUAGGAGUAAAGUAAUAUUCGAUGAGAGAUCAUUGAAAAAGAAGAAGUGAAGAAUAUUCAUGUCCAUCAUCUCAUCAGACCAGUGAGUCAUUGUACAUACCACUGAAACUCACUCCUGAAUGCUUUUAGCUCCAUCUUCUACUCCAGUCAUGCUGGUCAACCAGUCUCUCUUUUCACUAUUGAUUGCAAGUGAAAUUAAUUUGAUGUCACGUGGUUAGUAAUAUUUUUGUUGCUUUAAUUUCAAGGUAGAAAAUAAUAUUGCACACCUAAAAAGCCUCUUGACUGCACCAUUUAUUUUGGGAUUGUUAAUUUUUUUAUAUCUAUCUUUUUGUUUUGUUGGAUACAAUUAGGGGAAUUUUUUUGCCAAGUUGAUAAUUUCACAGAUAUUUAUUUUCACUUGCAAUGAGGCACGCAUCAGAUUCUGUUUUCCCUCUUAAUUAUUGUUUGAAAUUUUGCUCCGAAAAUGUUACAUUUAAAUAGGUUAAGGACAUAAAAGCAAGUUUACAAUGUUGGAAAAUAUCCACUGUAAAAAAAUUGUUGGUUUAACUUAAAAAAGUAAGUUACCUGGUUAUCUUAAAAUAUGGAGUUCAUUUAACUUAAAAAUAUUAGUUGAUUUAAAAUAAAGUUGAAUUAACUUAAAAUUUUAAGGCAACCAGGUAAUUUACUUUAAGUUGAACUAACAUUUUUACAGUGUGUAAAAAACAACCCCUUUAUUUUACAUAACACAUAAUUUAUUACGCAAAAAAAUAAGAAUUGCAGAGCAUUUAGCAUUGAUUGCAGCAGUGAAUCUAACUGAACAUACAUUGUAAAAAAUACGCUGGAUUUACUUAAAAAUAUAGUGCAUCAUUUUUGCAUCCAAUUUUUUUAAGUAAGUUUUCCUUGAAAUUUUAAGAAAUUGCAUAAAUUGCUUAAAAUCCCAUGUAAUACUUACUUUAAAAAAAUGGAUGCAAAAAUGAUGCACUAUAUUUUUAAGUAAAUCCAGCCUUUAUUUUUUCAGUGUAUAUUGAAUUGAAAUCAUAUUUGAUGGAUUCUUAUGCAAAUGAGGUACAUUACAAUAUCCACACAGUUCAUAAAACUCUCUUCUACUAGCAAAAUGUAAUAAUCCUGGUAUGUUUUUGCAAUGGCUAUUUACAGUGACAAAUAUUGUAAAGGUCCCAUCAGAUUCUGUAAUCUAAAAAUUUGUCAUUGUUUAUCCACCAUUCAAUAUGUUUACAUUCACAUCAGAUGUUGGUUAGUUAUAGCGAGGAAGCAUUAUGAGUUCUGUUUCCUCAUGCUUUACUGUGACAAUUUUGGGUUUGUUGGAUGUGACAGAAUUAAGUAAUGGGAAUUUACAAGGAAACUCCCAAAACAUGUGCCUUACUUAAAAUAUAUAUUCUGCGUAGUAAACAGGUAGGGAGCUCACCUGCCAAAAUGUCUUCUUGCACUGCUACUGUUUUAAUCCUGUUUUCAUGCUAAGAUGGUUUUAAAGCAUUAGCAACAACCAGCGGUAAACCGGAGCAUGUUGUUGUGCUUACGAUCUAGAAAUGAUGCAAUCUACCAGUCACUCUGGGUAAAAUCACCUUAAAGAUUUUAAACACAUUUAAUGUAUUGUUGUGGGCCAUCACAGGAAGUAGAAAGGGAAAAUUUGUGUCACAAAAUGCACCAAAUAAUGGUUGUCAGAAGGUGGGGCACAAUCUUGGGAUUUACUUCCUUUUCCUGUUCUUAAAUCUGCUGCUACCUCCUCUAUAACCUCUUUGAUACUAUACAACUACGUUACACAUGCUAAGCAAACUUGAGUUUUUUCCUUGGUGGGAGAGCAUAUAACAAAAAACGGGCAUCGUUUUAAUCUUAGUAAUUACUGCAGUGCUUUAUAAUGAUGUGUGUGUAUAAAUUUGCCUUUUUUUAAGGACACAUCACUAUCAGUAGCAAACGUGUAAGGAAAACGGCCUUUAAACAUCUGUUGAAUACAUAUGAAGCUGCUUUGCUUUUUGCAAAUGGCAGAUCGUUAUAUCCAUGAACGGUGAUGAUUUAUGUACAGUUUUUUUCCACUUGCUCUCAUGCUGUAUAUUAGCUCAGCCUGUGUAGAAAUACCAAUAAAUGUAGAUCAGGAGCUGAUGAUUUAUUUUGUUAAAAUGGCUGUGAAAACAAGACUGCAGAGCCAGAUCAGUCAAUUCAACAACCAUUCAAGUUUAUUUUCCGGUGAUGUGAAAUGAAUGUAAAAUUCAUGUCGGGUCAGUCGAAAUAUGUCCGAAUCGUUUGUAUACUAGCUUUAUUUGGAUUACGUUACUGAGCACACAGGUGAUAUUUUGUUGUGUAGUGUAGUUUCUAGACAUUCCCAUUUCCCAAGUUACAAAACCGACGUGCUGAAGAACAUGAACUGUUUUGGCCAUUCAUGCCAUUUCUCUGUCAGUCUGUGAGCUUUGAUGUAAAACCGCAUAGUCAUCCUUUAGUGUUCAGUCUACUUCUUCAUCCGUUGAACUAGUCUCAUGUAAAUGUAAAUGAUGUAUUUAUAUAUGUAUAUAUAGUAUAUUUCCUCUUUUUAUUUUUGUAGAAUGUAGAUAUGUAACAGGCUCUCAAGCCUCAUUCAUACUAUGCUAUUUGUGAAAAGGCCAGACAAUUAGUCAAUUAGCAUUUGUUUAUUGUUCAGAAAAAUCACCUCUGAUGCCUUAAACAGGCUUUCUCUGCUUUUUCAGUUUGUGUCUCCUUUUUCUCUAGUGUUGAGGAGACGUGCAAAUGUGUGAAAGAUGUGUACCUUUUUAUUGACUAAUUCACUGUGAAUCCCUCAUGUGAUCGUCAAUAACACGGCAUACCAAAAUAAUAAAUAAAAACAGGGCAUAUCUUGAACUUGAACUGGCCAAAGGAAAUUUAUUUAAAAAAAAUCAGGGCUCUGAAGUGGGAUAUUUUUGUGUGGGCACGAGUGUCUUUAAGAUAUGUAUUAGAUUUAUAUUCACAUGAGGGACACUAAAUUCAAAGCCUGUGAAAAGGUUGUUUUAAAAAAAAAUGAACACCUCAGUGGGUUCUUGGGUUCAAAAUGAUGCAUUGUUUUUGGUGUUUUUAUUGUAAUGAAUGGAUAAAAGGUUGUACAAUGUCUUAUCUUCCUGUUGAUUUGCACAAUAAAAUUUUGUAAGAAAAUGUUCCUGCAAAAAGUGUUCUGUCGCAUCCAAGUAAGGUAUUUUUCAUUUUUAUAGUGCAUAACUUUAGUAUCACUUACGUCUGCAUUUCCAGCACAUCCCAUGUCAUAAAUUACCUUUAAUACCAUCUAUGUGUACAAAAUUCUGCUUGUUUGAAGUAAAUGGAGAUUUUGAAGGAUGUUGCUGUGCCAGGGUCCUGCCUUUAUGCAAAACAAAAGCUAUUUUAUCAGUUGUUGUGUUAGGUUUCUUAAAACAGAGACAAUUGCUUAUUACAAUUAACUGUGAAAGAAACCUGUUUAUUCAUUAUUUAGUUUCCCCUCUUCUGCUGGACACAUUGUCUUGAAGAGACACAUACUGCAUAAAAGGCAUGCUGUGAUAUUUUCAGAAAUAUACACACCAAAACUUGUUUGAUCAUUAUAGGCUUAAUGUCCUAAUGUAACAGGUCUCAUUUGAGUUCUUUGUACUUGUUUGUUGCUUCUGUUACAUGUAUGAAUGUUCUUGUGCUUAUUUAAUGUUUACUUGCAUAUGUUUGUGGUGUUUACAAAGCAAAAUGUUGAGAUUCUCCUUAGUUUAUUUUGUAUUAACUUCAGUUUACAAAUUUUAUUACAAAUAAAGUUUGUGAUUUUUGACAACAA